UUUCUCGAAAUAAUUUAUCUCGGGAACACCAGACAACCCCCCCAUCAACACUCCGGACGAUGUUUGCUUCGUCCUGACCCGGUCAGACAAGCAAUUCUUGAUUUUAAGACUCUCCUCCAACGACCAGAGGGUCACUCGAUUGUCUCACAUCUCAAAUCCCGAGAUGCCUUCCGUCGCGGAGCGCCCACGUUCAUCGCAAGAGGCUCUGCUCCGCCUCGAAAAAGGCACCGCUUCCUCCACUACACAGCUCAAUGACGCUGCAAAUAUUAUCGGCUUAGAUCUUGCACUAUGCGCGAGUCACCCCGAGAUCAACCGAGCCCCUCAUUUCCAGAACAGUGCUGCUCCGAAGGCGGAAUGGGUCCUACGAUGGUUGUUGAAGAGGCUGCGGACUGGGAAGAACUAUCGUGUCGACGCUGCCUCCUUCCUCCUCUUGCGACAAUUGAUUGAUUUGAUCCCGCCCAAGACGCUGGCCACGACUCUGAAGGAUCAAAAGUUUCUCGGAAUCGUCCACGAUGCUAUCACCGAUUUGGAGGCAGAUGUGCUGGCCGGACUAGGUGGUGGUACCACUGAGUUAUUAACUUCCGGCUCCGAAUCGAGUCACACUCUGGGCGACUCACCUCACCGCCAUGGCGAUGUCGACAAGAAGGGAACGAAGAGGAAGAGAUCCGGUGCGGACGAACCUGAUGCUAUGGAUAUCGACGACCCACCCCGAACUCCGACCUCGUGCUUCGUGGCCUUCAUUCGCGCAUUGGACUGUCUGUAUAGUCUGGUUAUGCUUGUCGAGCGGACAUUUGGGGUCGACGAUGUAGCGAGUUCACAUCUGAAGCACGCUCUUAAGGGAGAGCCCGAAUCGGUCGCUGUAACACUGCAGAGGUCUUUCCGGCUGGCUACCGUCAUUACAACACAACUCUUCCAUGCGCAGCAGACUACGGACUUGCAACACCUGCUCUAUGUGCUGCCGGCCAUGUUUGACCUGUGGGAGCUGAGGUCGUCUCGUCGUGACGAUUCGGAAAAGGUUCUAAGUAAUGAAUGUUUCUCUAAACAUUGCUUCGAAAGCGCCCUCAGACUACAAUGCUGUGUGCACACAAUACGACUUGAUACUGAUGAACGUGCUCACGUCCUCCAUGGGCUAGAACGCUUGAUCGCAUUGCACGUGGUUCUCCCAGCCCGAGCAAGUUUCUUCGAAAGAGGCGGUUCUGGCAUCGACUAUUCAGCUAGCGAGCCUGACUGGAGUCCCGUGAAACCUGUCUCCGAUACUUUUAGGCCCCUCCUCUGCGUUGCAGACAGCCCUGAUCAGAGCACCGGUGUGAGCGCCGGGGUUCAGAAACAAGUCUUGCCGAAGACCGCCGAGCUAUUACCAGAUUUUUUUGACAUUGCGGCACGCACAGUCCCUCGCGACACUUUCAGAAGACAAAAUCAUGAGGGUCCCUGGUUGGAAACUCUUUUUGUCGCAGUAGCAGAGUUGGCCUUUUCCGUUGUGAAGUCCGAGAACACGGCGGCUUACCUUUCUGAAUUUGUAGCCAUUCUGGAACGGCUAUUUCGAGUAGUUCUUGCCAGAGACAUCAAGCUGUCCCUCCACACGCUGCUUACACAUGCUGCAUAUACUGGUCUCCUCAAAGAAGGCUUGUCGCAAGUGGAGUGGAGUUUAACUGCUUUGCUUAUCGAACUGGGCAGUGAUAUCUUUUUACCGAACUCUGGGCUCAAUGACUCUGAGAAGCUGCUCAAGGCUCUUCUUGAGAAGAUUUUCUUGCACUGGCGCGGCGGUGUCCCCAAUACGAAUGAUAGCUAUAGGAUUAUCAAGAAAGGCAUUGUGAUACCUCUUCUCCGGGGGUUUGUUGGCGCUCGAGACCUGCCCAAUUUCAUGCAGAUAUGGUACGAGCAGCUCAUCGAGGUCGAAGAAGCUCGGUCGCAAGACAGAGAUCUAAAUCAUUUCAUUGUCUGGGAAGAUAAUGAUGUGUGCAACGAAUUCAGCGACUUAAUGCGCAAUCCUCUUACCUAUGCGCACUCUGCUGCUCAGAUGCGCGCUGCGGCAGUGGAGAUAAGAGGAGAAGACGGAAAACUCCAAAACUCAGCUGGUGCUUAUGCGCAGAUUGUGAUACUGGAGUCUGGCUUCAGGCGUCGUGAUCUUAGCUUUGAGGACAGAAACGAGGAUUUGACUUCUAUCAUCCAAACUGUAACAUCGACUUUGUCUUCUGGGCAGAAACUACACUGGCGGUGGCGGUUGUGGCGGCUCGCUCGCAGUCUCUUGGAGAAUAAUGUGCAGUCUACCGACAACGAACUGGGUGCUGCGAUUAUCUCACUUGUUGCUACCGCUGCUCAGUCGAUACAGCGUGUUCACCAGGGCCGCAUGAAAAAGGUCUGUGCACCUCUUGAGUGCUUUGAGGCAUUCCAGUUUGCUCUCACUGCGAUCAAAACCUCAUCAAACCCGGAACAGUUUCGCCUAUUGACAAACGAGGUCACCACAUUAAUCAAAUCCGUUUCUGACAAAGACGCCGCCAAAGCGAUCAAGUCUUCAUGGGACGGACGUGCUGAAACCCUCACAUCGCCUACCACACUCGCUUUGGCCUACUUCGUGAGUUUAGUCAGGAAUCCAGACUUAUGGCCCCAGGUGGAUUCUGAGACCAGGCAAUCUCUGUUCGCGCAUGUCCUGUCUCUGGCGACCUCGCAGUACAAGCCUUCGCCAUCUACCCUCGAGACUGUCAACCCCGAUUCGAAGUAUUUGCAGGCUUGGGCAAGCCUCGUCUGCCACGAGUACCUCCUCAAUGCCCCUUCGAUUACAAUUGAUCUCAUUGCUGUGCUGUCUGAGCGAGUCAAAGCAGACGCUUCUAAUCGUAAACUCUACAUUGAAAGUCUGCAGAGGAUCCCUGCCCCGUUAGUUACCCGUGGCCAAAGAGCAGUACUGCUGGAUCUGUUGCAGGAGGUGAUUGCGCAGGAGGGUAAUACCCCUGAAGUUACUGUGGGAGUGCUCUCAUUGAUGGCUAAAUUGGCGGAGAUGCCGAAGUCUACGGCGGCCUUGACAAGCAACUGGGAACCCCUCUGGACAGUCGCCAAAGCCGUUUCUCUGCAAGGAAGCGACAUUGACCUCCAGAUUAUGAAGGCUUUUCGCAAUCUUCACCGAGCAGUUGUCGCCAAAUUGCUCGUGGUUUCUGACGACGAACGGCAGCGCCUGUUUAAGAAGAUGUAUCGCAAAGUAUCUGCCAAGGCACUCAAGCUACAGUCCCUGAACCGUGAUUCUAUGGACUGUUUCUAUCUCAGAAUCUCGCUGUCCCAGCUUUGGAUCAAUCGAGAAACCCUCGAGGGUGUCUUUGAUGAAACCGAGUUGGCUACCUGUAGAAAGAAAGUGUUCGACUUGCUUGUUGCGGAGGUCAAGUCUGUCAAGACUCAAUGCAAGAAGCAGCAGCUCGAGGACACCAUCACACUUAUCAAAAUCCUUGAUGCGCUCGAGGAUUUCGAGGACCUCGCAUUGGAUCAUGCAGAGGUCGAAAAGUUCUUGUCUAAAAUCGAGAGCUAUGUCGAAAAGUCAGUUGACUCGGCUUCCUCCCUGAGAAGACUGAUUCGCCGACGUGUUCUAGCCGGACGAGGAUCCGAAAAGAGCAUCACAAAACCCGUGAUUCAGUGUGCCGAAUCCCUUCCUUUGCAACAAAUGUAUAGCGAGGAACAGCGGAUAUUUAUCCGAUCCACCAGUGCAAGAUUCCGAACCAUGACUGCGGAUGAGCUGACACGGGUGAUUCAAGACAUUCGCAACCUGGGCUUUGUUGGCGAGAAUGCCGAAUAUCACUUGCUCGUAGCAGGCUUAGCUAUCGCUUCUUUGCCUUCUGUUGAGGACAAGGAGAGUCAAACCGGUCAAGAACUGGGGCUAGUCUUUACCGAAGUCACCGACGCUUUGCUUCGCAACAAUGCUAUCGAGCCGUUCACAUUUGCUAGCGAGUGUCUGGAUAUCAUACUUCGUAAUCAAUCGCGCUGUGUUACACAGUUCAACAUCGACAACCUGUUGGGGACGAUCGCCGUCUGUACUUCGAAGUCCGGACCCUGCAUCGACCCUGCAUUUGCGGGAACCGUCUACAUCCGUCUCUGCCGCCUAAUGGGUCUCCUGCUCGGGAUUCACCGUCAGAAACUUGGAGGCCGCUUUCACCUCAUCAAUCCUGUUGUUGGAGGCUUGUUGGAUUGUCUCUUUGCCCGCUCCAAGAAGCGCAGUCGAUCCAUGUUGCAGGAUAAGAAACUUGGCCAGCAGCCCUAUUGGCUCGCUCCAUUGCAGGCAUCGCACGCUGUGCACUUCACUCGUCUCCUUACCUCUCUCUGCGACCCGACAGUCUCGGCAGUGUCGAGGCCGACGCAGUCUGGCACGGGUUACGAAGGCUUGACGGAUCAGACGAAGAAGGCUAAGCGCAUUGCCGGGCAAUAUCUUCAGUACCUGAUCCAAGACUAUACGCAAAGCGCUCUUCGUGGGUCUCUUUCACCUGAAGUGAAGGCGGCUAUUAUUCCUGGUCUUUACGCCGUGCUGGACGUGAUGUCCCGCGACACGAUGCGGGCGCUGAAUGCGGGAUUGGAUGUCUCCGGGCGUGCAGUCUUCAAAGCCCUUUACGAUGAUUAUGUGAAGUUCGGAAAGUGGAAUAAGGGUUAGGUGGAAGUCUAGUACAAUGGUGGUCCUUUCUGUUGAUCAUAGCCCGGAGGUUCAUCUGUGUUUCGUUUUAGUAUCUCUUAACUUGCAUUAUCUCGGGGUUAGGUUCGAGUGGGUUCGAUUUGAGGGAUCAUAGCUAGAUAGCAUGUACUUUACUUUACCAUUAUGUACCAGG